CAUCGCCAAGCGCUUCCCCACAUCUCGUAGCUCUCAUACCUCGAAUGACUUACAAACACACAGUCGGCAUGUCUCUCCACGCCUUUAUUCUUUCAAAUACCCUCGUCGAACGUUCUCGACAUCAUCCCCCGUCGAAGUAUAAGUAGCCGUCCGAAAUCCGAUGAGGAUAAUUCUCUCCAUCCUCUUCGGCAUCCUCGCAAUCGCAGUAUACAACCAAGAGUACAUGAUUUCGCGCCUUUCACAGCUAUCGAAAACCAUCGUACCACACUUGAACAGCUUUAUUCGAACGUCCAACAGAACCACCAGAGCAAUGACGACAAACACGGCAUCAAGCACGACCUUCAGAGGUCUCCCCGUCAUCCCCAACGAGACCUUCACCAGCACCUCACCGCGCAAGAUCGAGAAGUCCUUCCUCGCAAUUGAGCAGGCCGAAGGCGUAGGAGCAAAGGUCCGCCGCUCAAUUGGCACCCCCAGGCUCCGCAAUUUCUCCCCCUUCCUCAUGCUCGACCACUUCUCGGUCCAGCCUGGCGCAGGCUUCCCCGACCACCCUCACCGCGGCCAGGAGACAAUCACAUACCUGAUCUCCGGUGCCGUCGACCACGAAGACUUCGCUGGCCACAAGGGCACCAUCGAAGCCGGGGAUCUGCAAUUCAUGACCGCAGGCCGGGGCAUCGUGCACGCCGAAAUGCCGGGCCAAUCCGCAGACGGUUCGCCCAGCGUCGGGCUGCAACUCUGGGUCGAUCUGCCCAAGGAACUCAAAUCCUGCGAACCGCGCUACCGCGACCUGCGCGCGAGCGAGAUCCCCCAAGUCACCGCCGACGACGGAAAGGUCAAGGUCAAGGUCAUCAGCGGCAUGGCGUACGGGACCGAGUCGCUGAAGGAGUUGGCGUAUACGCCUGUCUGGCUGCUCGAUUUUACCGUUCAGCCGGGCGGCCAUGUCAAGCAGCCGCUUCCGAAGGACUGGAAUGCAUUUGCAUAUACACUCUCCGGAACGACCGUAUUCUCUUCUAACAGCGAAUCCCGCCCCAUCGAGCAAUACCACAAUGUUGUCUUCGAUAAGAAGGGCGACAGCAUCGAAGCGUCGGUUGAAGAGGGCGCCGCGACGGAAUCGAGGUUUAUCCUUGUUGCGGGCAUGCCGCUCGACCAGCCGAUUAUACAGUAUGGGCCUUUUGUGGUGACGAGCAGGGAUGAGGUGAUGCAGGCUAUGAUGGAUUUCCAGACGCAUUCGAAUGGGUUCGAAAGGGCGUAUAACUGGCAGAGCGAGAUUGGGAAGCGUAUGGUGCACUAAAAGCUGGCCGAUGGAUAUUGUGUUUCUCGUUUUGCACCAUUACGGAAAUUGUUGUACAGUUUUGGAUAUGGAGAUUUUGCUGGAUUGGGGUUUCACUUGUAAACAGAUUGGUUGCAAACGAUCAUGAAGUUCUUUCUCU